CGCGUCUCUCACGCUAGUGGCGUCGUCUCCCCGUCACGGAUGCGUUCUUCGGGUAUCGCGCGUCUCGUAUACGGGAUUCCAUCGCGCCGCCGCUUAAUAAGCGUGGCGUUUGCGAGCCUCUCGUCGCGCGAUUAAUUCGCGGAUUCACCCCGCGAGUGGCAAGAGCGCGUACGCGAGACGUAAAUUCGAUAAACUCGGUCGUACGCGAGCCGAGUACUCGUCGCCGAAACGAACGGAUGAGCACGCGGGCAUGUUAACCGAGGUGGCCUUAGCACGCGCUUUCGAAAACGGAAACAUCCGCGGAUGAAUCCCCCCGCGCCUGUUGAUCGACCUUUUAACGCGUGCCUCGUAAUUACAGAGUGACCCCACGGUCGGGAAGAACGGAGGCCAUGGAUGUGGACGGAGAUUCGGUGGUGGAUUUAAGUAUCAGCAGUAGUGGCAGGCGCAAUUCCCCGUCCCUUUCAGUAAAUUCUGGAGAUAUCCCAUUAGAUCUGGGGAUUCAUCUUCAUGGCUCUCCUAGUCCUCCGGAGAACGAUAUAUUAGAGGCUCGUAAUAUACAAAAUGCCACACGGGGUAUUUUGGCUCCUAAACGAUCGCAUGGGGACGAACGCAAGCCACGUCGUAAUCUUAGACCUAGGAUCGAGAGGAGCUAUGCUGAAAGUCCCGAUGAACCUAGAAUGAAUGGAUAUUUAAAUGGAAAUGCAUCGGACAGCGAUGAAGGUGAGAUGCCUCCAUUGCUGCCAGUGUUGAGGAAAUGCAAAGAAGAACUCAAAACGGAAGAGAUGAAAUUGGUACUUCUAAAGAAAUUACGUCAAUCGCAACAACUCAAGGAGAAUAUUGCGGCAGUGCCAAAGAUUCCCAGCAAAUUCCCACCGCCAGUAUCAGUGCAGCAAGUGCCCCAUAGCGUGAGGAAAGCUCCGCCACCCUUGCUCAGAGGUCAACCUGCACCAAGCAGAAGUAGCAGUUUACACGCUCCGCCACCUGGCAUGGUACUUCCUCCUACAGCUGGUCGAAAUGCCAUUCCGCCUCCAAAUAUGGUGAUACCGCAACCUCCUCAUCCUAGAGUGAGACCACCCUCUAAUGUAGCAGCUGCGACUGUGUCGAGUUAUCAUGCACCGACGGAUAGAACAGAGAGGUCCACGAAAGAUCCAACACCUGCCCCUGCGCAUCAACUGCUUGCUGGAUCGCAAGAAAAUAAAACUACCGCAUCUUUAAGCACACCUGUGAAUUCAGAACAGGAGAGAACAACACGGGACGAGACACCUGCUCAACGUCAAGCAGCUGCCAAGAUGGCCUUAAGAAAGCAGCUCGAGAAAACAUUGCUACAAAUACCGCCACCGAAGCCACCGCCCCCGGAGAUGCACUUUGUACCAAAUCCCUCCAAUACGGAAUUCAUAUACUUGGUUGGUUUGGAACAUGUAGUCGACUUUAUAACGAAGGAACCGGCCAUACCACCACCUCCCGAACCGUUCGAGUGCUCGCAAUGUAAAACAGAUUUCACACCCGUGUGGAAAUGGGAGAAACCUAUGCCCGGUGGCAAGAAAGACAGUCCUAGAGGGCAACAUGCAACCUUCCAACGGCCCUCAGCGGGGCGCGAUCCGAGGGUUAUAUGUGAACAUUGUGUGACCACCAACGUGAAGAAAGCAUUGAAAGCAGAGCACACUAAUCGAUUAAAAACUGCUUUUGUGAAAGCGCUACAACAAGAGCAAGAAAUAGAGCAAAGAUUAGCGCAGGCGGCAUGUCCGAGUCCAGAUCCUCCGGCUCCGAAACCAGUUCCUAAGGCAGCUACUCCUACGAGAAGAGUAGCCACGCCGCCUGCACCGCCGCCGCAGGUACCACCGGCGCCCACGUUAGCGCCGACACCUCCAGCGCCAAAGUUACAAGAACAUCCCCUGGUGAAACUGGCCGAGAGCGGGAAAUUUAGUCCGCAUCAUGCAGCUGCCGCGGCAGCCUUGCAACAACAAUUGCUCAGAGAAUUGGCAAAGAAUCCAGUGCCGGCUAUGUCGCCGCAUCAACCGCUUCCCGCUCACAUGAUGCCGCAUUUUACCUCUAUUUUGUACCCCUAUCAAUUAGCAAUGGCGCAAGCUGCGGGCGGUAAAGGUCUCGUAGAGUUACAACGACAGGCGGCGGAUCUCCAACGCCAGUAUCUGCUCGAUAUGAUUCCGUCGCAAGCGUCCCAAGCGCAAGGCAAUCAAGCACCGCCAAGAGCUCAUCCGCACAACUGGAAAACGUAACCGGACGCAUCUAAGGGAUGAUGUAACAGUAAAUGCAAAUAAAUAAAACAUUAAUGAACGCGUGUGUAAUGAAAGACUAAGGUGAAAACUAAGAGAGAUCCAGUAAAGUGCGCGAUUGGCCAUAAAUCCGUGCGCCUGGAAUGGUUAUGCUGUGUACCAAUCGCAGCGCUAAUGUCUCGGUUAAGGUGAAGCUCAACUUGAUACAUUGAAGGAAUAAGAGACGUUCGUUAGUAUUGUAUAAAGAAUAAUAACCGUUGUGAAUAUGUCAAUUGACGUGUAAGUUUAUUGUUAUUCUUCCUUAAGGGUUAAGGUUUUAUUUCCGUCAUCGAAACACACACGUAACGUACGUGCGAAUUCGGAAUCGUGGCGACGUCGUUAUUUAGUGCAGACCAACACUAGAACUUUCCACGAUCGAGAUUGUCGUUUCACUUUCUUGUUUUUCUCUGAUUUUUUCUUGAGGCAUAUGCAUACGUUAUUAGUUUUCGUUAACGUUGUUUAAUUGAACAACAAAUAAAUAUAAUAAUUGAUUUAAACAUGUCGACAAGCAUAUUAUACGAUAUAUUGAAUGCGAUUGCUUGGAUUAUAAACAACAUGGAUUUGCCUGACUAGGCGCUUCGCGCGAGCGCCAUCCCUCGCUUGCGCUCGAUCAUAUUGCACUACUUCCAUUUUUUUUAUCCGCGCUCUUUCUCUUGCAUUAUUUAUAAAAACAGAUUUUAUAAAAAAUGCAAGAAAAAUUAUUAUUGUUAAAGUAAUAUUCUUUACCUGUGCAUUUUAAACUAUUACAUCUCUCACGUUUUACGCAUUUCUUCUCUAUUCCGUCAUCUUUAUUACUUGUACGAAAUAAGUGACACGUGAUAUGGAAAGCUGCAAAGUGCUCGUUCGCUCGCGUGACGUCAUAAGUUAGACAGCUCUUUGUUAUAUACAAUAUAAUAUAAAGAACCAAAUAGAUACUUGCAAGGCACUAAAUAAACCGAUGAUAAGUGUAAAACGAAUCGGAUGGUUAAGAAUAAAUAGGGAUAAUUGCGGAAGUACGGAGAGUGUAACAUGAGAUGACGGUAAACUGAUGGAAAGAAUCUUUUUAGGCCCUUAGAUAGUUAAGACGAUUUUUUUGCCGCUGGUUUCAACGAGCUUUUACGAGCCACCGGCAGUACCUGUACUAUGUGUAUAUCUUAUUAUUUUCUUCAAAUUGUAUUUUUAAGGCGAGUUUAACGCAAAAUAAGGCUGUAGCUAUACACGAGAAAACGAAAAAAAAAAAAAAAGGUUUUUGUAAGAAAGCGCAUGUGAACAAGCCGGCAUAUGUGAAAUGUAUAGCAAUUUUUCUCUCUCCUCUCACGAUACAUAUGGCAGAAUAUGUAUCAUCGAAUUUCUAACGGAAAAUGACACGAGUGUCAUUCGCGCACAAACACGAUUUUUUUUUUUUUUUUUAUGGACGUUAAAAUCGAAUGUUAAAAGUUGGAUCCGUGUCCCAGUAUGCGCGAGGCGUAACGCGAUUUAACUUGGACUAUUUUUAGACGUUGAAAACGAGACUCGCGGACGAAUAAAGUAUAAAGAAAGAUAAUUCUCGAGUUGAACGGUGCGCGAUUGAUUUCAUGUCACACAUUCGGUGUAAAGAUAUUUAAAGAGGAUUAGAGGAGAGAUUUUAAUGAGUAAACAAAGUUUUUUUUCUUUCUUUUUUUUUUUACGAAUUGUUACAACACGGCGACCGCCGGAUUUUUAUGACGUCCUAUACUCAAGUCUGCACUUGAAACGAGUUAAAAGUAUAUCCGGCACACUCUUGUCCCAAUAAUAACAAUUAAUUACCAGUCUCCCUUUCCCUUUCCUCUACCACUAAUAGUCUGAUUUUAUUGAUUCUGAACUAACCGAUCUUGGUCAUACACAUUUCCGAAUCAAUUAAAUAUAUAGUACUAUAGUCUUGAUAUUUCUUGGGAUAUAUGAUACACAACUUAAUAAACUAAAAUAGCGCAUAAUCAUCUCUCUUUGUACUAACGUGAUAGAUUUUGAACUCGUACUUGAUAUACAUGUACACCAUAAUAAGUCUACGAUCGCAUAAUAGAUCAAGAUCUGUGUUUUUUGUGUAAGAGAAAACGUAAUAAUAUGUCGUCAACUAUUAUGUAUCGUCAUCGGGGCACUACCGUCGUCGUCGUUGUCGUCGUUAUUCUAAGGUGAAAUCCGGGAGCGAAAUAAAAAUAUGACACAUGAAUAAAAAAGGAGGGAAGCUUGAAUGUACUUCCCUGAGUAAUAUUUUAUAUAAUUUUGACAAUUGAAUAAUUUAUUUGAAAACCGUCUUAAGUAGAAAAGAAAAAAUUUAAAGACAAAUUAUAUAUGUCUAUUUAGGGGGAGAGGAAGUAUUCUAGCAAAAUUUUCACAAUUUAAUUUUAUGCUCUAAUCCUUGAAUUCUUUUUAUACUACUUUUAAAGAAAAUAGAAGUUGUUUUCAUAAAAAUAUAUGUUGGUGUAUGCAGUUUUUAAUUAAUUCUAUCGCUGGAUCGAGAUUGGUUGUUUUUAAAAUUAUUUGCAAUCUUUCAAAUCUCUUAAGGUUUAAUUUCUUUUUGAACUUGACCAAUGUUUGACAAGAUGUGUAUUCUCACGAAUAACAAAUACUGAUUUUAUAUAUAUUGGCGAAUAUAUAAAAAUUGUAAAAUACGUGUUGAUACACAUUUUCUGUGAAAAUAUGUAUUUGCAAUGUUAUAACAUGUAAAAUAUACAUUUACAAAUACAUA